AGAUACUUCGACCUGGAAUUACUCGGUUUGCUACAAAUUUUAUUGCAUUAAAAUCAUUACAGCAAAAAAGACAUGGCUUGAAGGCAAUGGCUAGCUCACAAGAGUGGUCUGAAUCCAGAUAUUCGAAAUUGAGUGAUGGAAAGAAGAUAGAAAAGGCCAUUCUUUCAUCUAGAUUUUGGGAGACUAUAGCAGAAAUCAUAAAAGGUGUGGAACCACUUUAUAUUGUCCUCCGUAAGGUCGAUAUGGACAAGCGUCCACAAAUGCCGUAUCUUAAAUAUAUGCUGAUUUCAGCAAGAGAGGAGGUCAGGAAAGCAUUCAAAGAUGAUUUUAAGGCCGACCAAUACGUACGAAUCAUUGAUCGUCGGACCGAAGUUCAUAUGGAUCAAGAUAUCCAUAAUGCAGCGUAUUAUCUAAACCCGGCAAUUCAAUAUCGAUAUGCUCUCGGAACGCAAAAUAAUUUCCUAACGACACUACGAAAUGUUAUAUAUCGACUCUUGCCAAACACUACCGAGGCAGCCGAUGCUCUUAUGGAGGGUCGAUUAUUUCGAGAAACAGUUGGUUCAUUCUCCGACGUUGUAGCUAUAUCAUGCCGUUACACUAUGGAUCCUGUCGAGUGGUGGUUACAAUUUGGAGGCGAUGCACCACAUUUAAGGAAGGUUGCCGUUCGUGUACUUUCACAGACAACAACAUCUAGUGGUUGCGAACGUAAUUGGUCAACGUUUGCGUUGAUUCAUACGAAAGUCCGCAACAGACUCUCCUACAGACGGUUAGAGAAACUAGUAUAUGUCCAUUAUAAUAUGCGGCUAAAAUUGCGAUGUGCUGAGUUGGAUAAGGAGCCAGAGGAACCAGAUAUUGAUCCUAUUGACCUCCAAUUCUACAACGAAGAUUCAGAGCCAAUGUUAGAUUGAGUUGAAGCAGCAGAGAACCAAGAGGAUCCUCUACUUGAUGAGGCGGGAGAUCCUCAGCGUCCUUCACGUUUUAUCACCGAGGCAAUAGAAGAAGAAGAAGCACAACCCCAACGGGUAGAAAAUCCCCCUCGAUUACAACAUGGUAUGAGUCAAACUGCUCGAGGAACUACCGAUACCCAACGGUCACACUCGUCCGCCCAACGUGCAAAGGCAAAGGGGAAGGCAAUAGCAUCAGUUGCAUCGUUGGAAAGAAUCGAGUCGGGCGACGAGACACCUUCACAAUCACAUUCUCUUUCUCGUUCGGUCCAGAGACAUGACAGCAACACGGACAGCAGUGCCUCAACAGAUGAUGGCGGUGAUACCGGGCAGUCGUUGGUCUCGUCUGCACAACUUGAGGGUGGUGAAUGGACUGAGGAGCAAUAUUUUACACAUGCCACUCAAGAUUCAGAUCAUGGAACUCGACAAGGUACUGGUCAAGUUUAUGCGCGGAAGGGAAAGGAGAAGGGGAAGGGGAAGGCAGUGGAUGAAUAUGAACAAAUGCGACAGAGCAUACAUGAUAUAGACACAGAAAGAGACUCAUCGUAUUCACAGCCAUCGUAUUAUGAAGAAUCAUAUGGGCAACAACAGUAUGGUGAUAGUUGGUCAUCCUUCUCUGAGCAACAACAUGAUACAGAACAACACCAAUAUAUGCCUCAAGAGCUGCCUCGGACAAAUAUGAUUUAUGACGAUCAAUCUACGAUCAGUACCACAUUGAUGCAUCAAUGGCAUACGGUGUAUCAAUACACUAUGUCAUGGGAUCAAUUUCAUGAUUGGGUCCAACAAACGUAUCAUAUUGAUAUGUAUCGGAUCGAGGACCCCGAUCCACCACCCGUGGAGGCUCGUCGUUCGUUUUGGUGGUAGAAUUAACAAUCAGGUAUAUCUAGAUAUAUGAUUAUUUAAUUCAUUUGAAUUUUAGAGUUUAUAUUGUAACAAAAUAGUCUAACAAUUCAACUGAUUUUUCUAUAGAUAUUUCAAUCUAUAACGAGCUGAAAUACGAACCUCGAACAAGACUACCUCAAAGCCCGAAAAAGAUAUGUGAUGCUAUUUUUAUCUAAUUUACAUUGAUUUUGCUAAACUUAUACUAUUACUAUAUUUAUUUGUAACUUAAAAACUCUAUCCUAACUUUUUUUUUAAUUUUCAGGUAUUUUCGAAGGGAUAAAUCGGUGAAAUUAAGUGUACCGAGCGGUACACCUCGGUAUACCGCUCGGUACGCCGUACCGUACCGUACCGAGCCGGCGUCGAAACGCCGGUACGGUACGGUUCGGCGAACCUUGGAUAAAAGUAUCACCGACAGUAAAA